GAACAACACGAAAAUAAAAUUGAUGAUGCUGACUCAGUUUCCCAGGAGAUGAUGAGUGAGGCGGAUAAGGCACAAUCUAAACCCGAAGCGACCGAAGAAAACAGUAGAGAACCGUGGAUUCGUUUUAGUGUAAUGGGGGAAGUAGCAGAAAGAAUUAAACGGGAAGUUAUUCAGGAAGAAGUAAUAGAAAUACGGGGCUAUUUAAGAAAUGAACAUUUAAGGAUUAAAAGAGAAGGGGAAGCGGGCGAAAAAUAUAUUGAAAAAAAAGUUGGGCGACAAAUAAUAAUAAAAGUGGUAGAGUUUAGUAAACUUGAUCUGGAUUUUGAGAAAAUUGACCAAGAUAGUUCUAAUCAAGUAAGGCUGCUUGGCAAAAUAAUUACUGACUUGCAAGAUCCAGAAAAAAAACGAAAUCCGGAAAUACUAUCUUUCAAGUUAGCCGUUCCCCGCGAAGGAGUUAAAUCACCGCUUUUCUUUUGCCGGAUCAAUGAAAAAGAAUUAAUAUCGGAAGUUAAUAAAAAAUUAAAAGGAGGUGAUAUUAUUCUUCUCGAAGGUUUUUUGCAAACUCAAAAAAUAGAGGAAGAAAGGGGGGGAGAUAAAAAAGAAAUUUCUUGA